GUCAUUAUUUGUCUUGCUCCCUCAGGCUACAAGUGACAGGUUGGUUAACUCCUACUUCUGGCUGUAAACGGCAGCCGAUGUCUGGUUUUAGUGUAUGUUACAGUACUCCAGGGAUUCACAUGGAUGACCAACCUGGAAGUCUGUCGCAAACCAGGAUGCCGCUUUUUCUCCCCCCCGCCCCUCUUUUUUCUAACAGUGAAACUAAUGUCUGCGGUCCAUGGCGCACUCUUACAUUUCUAGUCCACUGUAAGGAGUUUAUUGGAUAUUAAAGUCAUGGGUAUCUGGAGGUUCACGUGCUUUUUGCUUCUUUUGGGGUUUUUCCAGUCGUCUUUCUCGGAGCUCACAGGUGGUGCAGAGCUCAACAUUACUGUUGAAGAGGGCACAAUCAUCCACAUUAACACAAGUGCUGGCAUAAACACACAGUGUGAAGUUUGUAUAAGUCAGGUGUGCCAAUCUUCUGUGAUCCUCAGAAAUGAUACGAGUUUGAAUUUCAGCUGUUCACAGCCAGAGGAUGUGUUCACCGUGCAGAUCAUCAGAGAUAUUGGAGAGCUGUCAGAUAAAACAAAAUCAAACAUUGAACCCAAAGAACACCAUGUCUUUCAAAAGUUCAGUCGGACCUUCACCUGGAAUCUGAAUCCUCCGGCUGAAAGGACAACCUAUUUUAAAUUCAGUACUGGUUUACGGCAGAUUCAGCCUACAGACAGCUGCCCAGACAAACACGUUUACACGAUCUCAUCGGAGAAUGUCAGUGUUGGGAGUUUUUGUCAGAAUGGAGCCAUUACAGAAAUCCAAGUGCGUAAUGUUGGAAAACUGUCUUUGGAAGUGUCUGGAGGUCAACCUCUGGACAUGAAAGAUAUUGAUGUAUUACUGGGACGUGCCAUUGGUGCGGUGGCUGUUUUUGAAGUUGUUCUCCCAGAGAUGAGUUCAACCCAGGAUUUCUUUACCCUAAACCCUUUUCCUGAAAAUGCAGGGACAACGUGGCGUUUCAACAUGUCCCAUGCAUACUACACAGAUGUGCGCAUUAUAAGCUACACUGUUCCAACAUGCCUCCAACCUGAAAACAUCCCAAAACUGAGCUACUAUUGGGUGGGCAAGAAAUCUUUGUUAAAACCACUGAAUGAAACCCAGCCAUUGGUGGAGACUGGAUUCUUUACCCUCGUCUUAAAGAACUGUGAAAUGUCCAAGACAGAUCCUCUAUCAGAAGGCCUAAUGGUUCACUUUCAAAUCUCUGCCAUGGAGAGAACACACGAUUACGAGUUUCUCUUUUGA